CGAGAAGAGGAGCCGGGACCCAAGAUGGCGGCCUCCGUCGUGGAGCUGCUGCGGGAGAUCGCCGAGCUGGAGGAGCCGCUGGAAGAGCUGAGGAGCAUGAAGAUCGCCGUCUGCUCGCUGCCCCUCAGCACGCUGCGGGAGCUGGCGGCGGGCCUGCGCUUUGAGGUCUUGUUCGGCCUGCUGAACAGCGACGACAGGGAACAGAUUGAUACAUGUGUAGCAAUUCUUGAUCGACUUCUGCAAGCUUUGGAUCCAGUCUACUUGGCUCAAAAUUUCAAGGUGGAACUGCAGAAGGGACUUCAGCAUUCUGAUGACAAUGUUAAAAUCCUGGCCAUGUCCCAAAUUGGACGAAUUGUUGAAAAUGCAGAUGCAAUCCCGUUGAUUCUUGGCUCGCCUGAGUUGCUCAGGGAGAUGAUUCGCAGCAUUGGAGGCAAGAAAAUAUCUGUUGCAAAAGAAGCAAUCAAAUCCCUUUCCAGAGUUGCCCAAAGUAAAGCUGGACUUGAUGCAUUGUUCAUGACCAGUUUGCUACAAGAUUUGAAAGGUGUCAUGGGUGCCAAUGAUGUGGUACGAUACAGAGUCUAUGAGUUGGUGGUGGAAAUCUCAUCUGUGUCGCCUGUCUCCCUGGGUUAUUGUGCCAACAGUGGUUUCAUCAUUCAGCUGCUCACCGAGCUUGCAGGGGAUGAUGUUCUGAUCAGAGCUACUGCUAUUGAGAUGAUCACUGGACUUGUUCAGACUCAGCAUGGACGACAGUACCUUGUUCAGCAAGGCACCAUUGAUAGAAUUUCAAACAUGAUCAUUGGUGCAGGUUCAGAUCCCUUCUCUGGCUUUUAUCUACCAAAUUUAGUGAAGUUCUUUGGAAAUUUGGCAAUGGUUGACAGUCCUCAACAGAUCUGUGAGCGUUAUCCUGCUUUUAUUGAAAAGGUGUUUGAGAUGAUUGAAGGGCAAGAGCCAACAAUGAUUGGAGUUGGUUUGGAUACCAUUGCAAUUCUUGGAUCAUGUAUUGAAGGAAAACAAGUCCUGCAUAAAACAGGCAGUAAAUUCCAGGAGGUUUUGAGAAGGCUGGGUUCCAUCUCGUGCAAUGCUGCCAUGGAUAUACGAGUCCGCUGCCUCGACACUAUUUCUUCUCUACUCUCUCUGCCGAAUGACCAGCAAACUGAGGACCUUCUAGGGUUGACAGAGUCCUGGUUCCAAACACUACACAGCCACCCAAUGGAAACAUUCUGCAAUAUGAGCUCCCAGCCAUUCCCAGAGAUUCAUAUUGGCGCGUUAAAGGUCUUCACUGCAAUUGCUAGCCAGCCUUGGGGUCAGAGAUUGAUGAUCAACACACCAGGAUUUGUGGAGUACAUUGUCGAUAGGUCAGCCGAACCUGACAAACCCUCAAAGGAUGCCAAGUUUGAACUAGUAAAAAUUCUUGUGGAUUCCAAGACGAUAGCCGAAAUCUUUGGGAACCAACAUUACCUAAAACUCCGAGCCUACCUGCGAGAAGGCCCUUACUUUGUGAAAGCAGUUGCAACAGUUGCUGUAGAUGGAGAGUAAUCGACCAAACCUGAUCAUUAAAAAUGACACUGAAAAAGUAGUAAGUCUUUAAAUUAAUUGUUACUGCACUUUUGUAAAGACGAGCCACGAGAAGCUUGGCUUCAAACAGAAGCUUCAAUCAAGUGGAAUUUUCAAGCUGUUUGAUCACCUUAUCCUUUCCCCUUCCCUUCCAGGCUAUUAAGCAAACUGUAGACAAUGGUAAGACAAUACAACUCUAUUAUAAACACCUGUCAUUUUGUGAUUUCAAGCCAAAAUGAUGUAUUUUCUCCAUUUGAUUCUCUCCAGCUGUAAAUUAGUUAUUUAGUAUAAAGUAGCUUUUAAAGUUUGUAAAAUGAAAUCUGCAGUUUUCUUAGGUUGGUGCCGUUGCAAGGUCUCAGUCACUAAGCAAGUUACAGGAAACCUUUCAUAGCAGCUGCCACAUAUGCAGCAAGUUUCAAUUAAAACAUGAAUUUUUGCAACCUGUAAUUUUUGUCUUUUGUUUAGAGGUUAAUGGAAAGUGUUGCUAGAGUUUGUGGUGUCUAACUUAUGUGAUUCCUGUGGCUAGAUAAACUGUAAUUUCAAAGGCAAGGAAGUGCCUGUAUACUAGCGAUACUGUCUUGUGUUGGGUUCAGGCGUUACUGAAUCCAGACUUGGGAGAAGGCCUUGAGCCCCCAACAGGACUGGGAACGGAAGUGGGCAGGCAGACACUGAAAUAGUACUGCUUGCAGGCAUGCUGUUUCCCUGCCUCCAGGUUAUUUACCCGGGAUGGAUGUGGCUGGAUAUUCCAAUUGGCCUUCAGGUCUUUGAGGCAACGGUGGGGGGGAGGGGGGGUGGAGUUUAUUUCACCCCCAACUUUGAUGGCCUGGCUGCAAAUUUAUUUUGUAUUUGCAAAAGUUGGAGAGAGGCUACCUCCACUUUAAAGUGCCCUUUCCCUCUCUUCUUUUUUAUUCUUUCAUGGGAUGUCGGCAUCGCUGGCUAGGUCAGCACUUAUCGCACAUCCCUAAUUGCCCUUGAAAAGAUGGUAGUGAGCUGCCAUAUUGAAAUGCUGCAGUCUAUGUUGCUUAUGCUGGUGUUCUUUCCUAAUUCCAUUGUAUACUACUUUUAACGCCCCCUCACCCCCACCAAUCAACCUACCAAGAAAUUAAAGAUUAUAUAUUUCACAUGCGAAUAUUUUUUGUGAAGAAUGUAUUCUGUCAAGUCUUGUGUCUGAGCCUGAUGUGCUUAAUAUCUAUUGAGAGAGACUUUUACAAUAAACUUUCCUCUUUUUUUAAAAGAAAAGCCCAUUAUUUAAAUACUUUCUGAAAGGUGGAGGCACCACCUGAUAUUAAAUUACUGAAAAUGA